AUGUCAAAUAAGAUCGAUCAGACGCCCGUGGUGGAAAGGAAAUCGCAUUUCGACAUCGAUCCUCCGUCUGUUGCGGCAGAAGCGCCGCCACAAAGUGAGCAACCAGUGCCACCAUGUCAGAAACUGCACGUGCUACUAGCCAAGCAGAAUAGAUCGGUUACACCAAACAUCAAAUAUGAAGACUUAGGAGCUGAUGAACCCGUAAACCAAAUGGGUACAAUAUUCAAAAGCAAACUGAUUAUAAAUGAUAAGGAAGAAUUCAUUGGCAGCGGCAAGUCGAAAAAAGCUGCGAAGAAUGAUGCUGCAAUGUUGGCUCUGAAAAAGAUAUUCAUGUUCGAUUACGCCAACCCGGAGUCCUGCCCCAUCAUUGAGCAAGCAACAAAGCGCCGUAACAAAGUUGCUGGUUGCUCGCAGCUGUGCUUUGAUGUAUCCGAGUAUGCCAAGCGUGAGUACUACAGUAUGUGCAAUUUCUACGCCGUCAAACCAAGCACAGAAAUGGCAGCAUUCUUCCUUGUCAAUGAACUGGAUGAAAAACGACUGGUGGCUAUCGGUUCGUCGCGACCUGGAGUGGUUCAUGGAGGAACAGUGGCUACCGCUCGUGGAACUGCCAUAAUCCAUUUCGAUCCUAUCGUACUCGCUCGGCGAUCUUUGAUAAGAUAUCUGAUCAACGAAGUGAGCAAGAUUGGCGACCCGAAAUGCAUCUUCGUCCGCGGUGAGGAUGGUAUGCUGAAACUGAGCGAUGGUUUGCGGCUGGUCCUGUAUGCCACGUAUGCACCAAACUGUUCGUUCUGCUGCCCUGAAGCGUCAGUGAAGAAGCUCAGCUACCUCGGCUUAUGGUAG